AUGAGAGGUCUCAGAGAGGACCACCAGCCUCGUGAGAAGACAGAUGAUGGAGAGCAUCCAGGCGGCUCAAAUGGCAGCUCUGUGCCUGAGGGACCUCAGAUAAACACGAGUCAAGAGUCAACAACUCAAGGGGACUAUCAGCCAAAACUACACACGAAUGCCAGCCACACUGAGGAGGGAGGCAAUAAUCCAAUAUCCAAAGAUCCAGUGCUCUCAGGAGGGGAUAGAGACAACACUGACUCUAUAGGUGUUAAAGACCAUACGCAGACUGAUGCCAUCCCUCUGAUACAACAACCUGAAGCUGAUAGUACGACGACAGCUGUACACAACAACAUGACAAUCUCUAAUAAGCUCCUGAAUGAUGGUGAAGGAGAUGCUGAAAUUCAGAGGGAAGAGUCUCAGGAUAAAAGCGUGGGUCAGGACAGAGAGAAAGAGGCAGAAAUUGAGAGUAUCUUGGUGCCUGUGCCAUCAACCCCAAACCCUUCCGACCCACGUUCCCCCGACCCACGUUCCCCAGCUCCUUUGGGACAGCAGCACAUGCGCACGCAGGUGAGCCUGGAGGUGGUCCAGUGUUGCUCUGCAGCCACCAGCCCCAUGACUCCUCCCGAGGGCGGCCAUUCCUACUUCUUCCCAAGCUCUUUUGGAAGAUCCGAAGGUGUGGGCUCUGACACUAAAGAUGCUGAGCUACAGGUGGGUCAGCAGGUGGAGUUCUGCUCUGUUGCCACCUCCCCCAUGACCCCAAAAACGCCUUCGACCACUGCUUUCCCAGAGCUUAUCGGGAGGGAGACGGUGCAGAAGGAGGAGAAAGUGAAAAAGAGUGAGGAUCAGAGAGAGAGUGGCCAGCACGAGAGUUUCCCUGUGACAAAGAGUCUGGCAGAAGCUGAGUCAGAGAUAACUGGAGCUAUGAAAUUCACCACUUCAAAGGAGCUGACCGAAGGCUUCAGCUCAAAUGCAUCUCCAGAGAGCUCUGCCAGCUGCCCAGCUGCUGGGUUAAUGGAGUCACAAGUAACUCGGGAGGAUAGUAAUCAGCAGUGUAAGCAGCAGAGGAUGGGAAGUAUGGAUCAGGACAUUACAAUCCUGGUGACCCACUAUAGCAAUGGUGAGGAGGAAGGGGAAGAGAAGGCUGAGUUAUCUUUUUAUUCCAUUGAGCCAGAGAUGGUCAAGAUAGACGAAUAUGAGGAGCUCAGUGAAAACAAGAGUGAUGGGAAGGAAACUGCUGCUCCUGAUCAGGCACAGGACACCUCAAAUACAAACCCCCCACAAACCAAAAUUGAAGAAUCAUCUGUUCCUGCUAGCGACCAACCAAAAGCUGAGAUCAAAGACACACGUGAAGAGGUAAAAGAUGUUUCCGUGACAAAACCUCCUGUCCCCGAAUCUCCAGCUCCCUUCGGCUGCCACAACAUCCGCACACAGGUGAGCCUGGAGGUGGUGCAGUGUCAGUCUGUGGCUACCAGCCCUAUGACUCCUCCUGAGGGGGACCAAGCUUUCUACUUCCCAAGCUCCUUUGGGAGAUGUGGAGCUGUGGGUGCGGAGACUAAAGACGCUGAGCUGCAGGUGGGUCAACAGGUGGAGUUUCGCUCUGUCGCCACAGCGCCCAUGACGCCAAGGACGCCCACCACCACGACUUUUCCUGAGAUCAGGAAGGAGGCUAGUGAGGAGAAAUGUGAGGAGCCGGUGCAGGAGGUGAGCUGGGACGAGAAAGGAAUGACGUGGGAGGUGUACGGGGCGGUGGUGGAAGUGGCCGUGCUGGGCUCAGCCAUCCAGAAACACCUUGAGAAACAGGUGAAGAAGCAGAAGAGGCAGCCCUCCAUGCCUCCCCCUCCUCCGCUCAACCCCUCGGCCAUACCCCUCACCUCAGAGUCCGCCCAGGGGGGUUCAGGGUCGGGUAAAGGCCGGGCCGGGAAGAGAGGGGAGGAGGAUGGGAAGGUGAGCCGACGCAGAAGAAACCCGUUCCGCCUGCUAAUGGAGAACAUGCAGCAGCCACAUUGUUGCUCCAGAGCUCAUACCACCGAGUGA